AGUCCCCAACAAGCGAACACACUCCCGCAAACCCUCUGCUUCACUGCCUGCCUCUUGUCUUGCUUUCUGCGCAUACGAACUUGCCCGCCUCCACGGCACCAAAAGCAGAAGCCUGUAGCAGCGGGCAGGCAUGGCGCAGUCACUUGAAUUGCUGUUAAUUCAGUUCUUGAUGCCGGACAACGACGCCCGUCGGCAGGCGGAGGAGCAGAUAAAGCGCUUGGCCAAGGAUCCUCAGGUUGUCCCCGCCCUUGUCCAGCACCUUCGCACCGCAAAGACCCCCAAUGUUCGCCAGCUCGCUGCCGUGCUCCUCCGUAAGAAGAUCACCGGCCAUUGGGCCAAGCUUUCCCCUCAGCUUAAGCAGCUCGUCAAGCAGUCCCUCAUUGAGAGCAUCACCAUGGAACACAGCCCGCCAGUGAGGCGUGCUAGUGCCAAUGUAGUAAGCAUCAUUGCAAAGUACGCCGUGACAGCUGGGGAGUGGCCAGACCUACUGCCAUUUUUGUUCCAAUGUAGUCAAAGUGCCCAGGAAGAUCUUAGAGAAGUGGCUUUGGUCCUUUUCAGUUCCUUGACCGAAACCAUUGGCAACGCAUUCCAACCUUAUUUCGUUGAUCUCCAAGCACUUCUAUUGAAAUGUCUACAGGAUGAGGCUAGUAACCGUGUCAGAGUUGCUGCUCUGAAGGCAGUCGGAUCAUUUCUUGAAUUUACUAGUGAUGGAGAUGAUUUGGUUAAGUUCCGGCAAUUUAUUCCCAGCAUUUUGAAUGUAGCAAGACAAUGUCUUGCUUCAGGGGAGGAGGAUGUUGCUGUGAUUGCUUUUGAAAUUUUCGACGAGUUGAUUGAAUCUCCAGCACCCCUUCUUGGAGACUCUGUUAAAUCAAUUGUGCAGUUCGCGCUUGAAGUUUCCUCUAGUCAAAAUUUGGAGUCCAACACUCGUCAUCAGGCUAUUCAAAUAGUUUCUUGGCUAGCAAAGUACAAAUCCAACUCCUUGAAAAAGUAUAAGUUGGUAAUCCCAAUUCUGCAAGUGAUGUGUCCCUUGCUGGCAGAGUCUAACAACUCUAAUGAGGAUGAUGAUCUUGCUCCAGAUAGAGCUGCUGCAGAAGUUAUUGACACUAUCGCAGUGAACCUUCCAAAGCAUGUGUUGCCUGCUAUUUUAGAGUUUUCCUCAUUAAGCAGUCAAGACACCAAUCCAAAAUUCCGUGAAGCUUCUGUAACAGCGUUGGGAAUUGUGUCAGAGGGUUGUGUGGAUUUGAUGAGAGAUAAGUUAGAACCUGUUCUUCAUAUUGUGUUGGGUGCUUUGAGGGAUCCAGAGCAAAUGGUUAGAGGGGCAGCCUCAUUUGCAUUGGGUCAAUUUGCUGAGUAUUUGCAACCAGAAAUAGUUUCUCACUACGAAAGUGUUCUUCCCUGUAUUUUGAAUGCUCUAGAGGAUGCAUCUGAUGAAGUAAAGGAAAAGUCAUAUUAUGCUCUAGCAGCUUUUUGUGAGAACAUGGGUGAAGAAAUUCUUCCUUUUCUUGAUCCUUUGAUGGGGAAGCUACUUGCAACCCUGCAAAGUAGUCCCCGUAACCUUCAGGAGACAUGCAUGUCUGCAAUUGGUUCUGUCGCAUCUGCUGCGGAGCAAGCUUUCAUUCCUUAUGCUGAAAGGGUCCUAGAGUUGAUGAAAUUGUUUAUGGUACUUACUAAUGACGAGGAUCUGCAAUCCCGAGCAAGGGCUACUGAACUUGUUGGAAUAGUUGCUAUGUGUGUUGGAAGAGGAAGGAUGGAGCCAAUUAUACACCCAUUCAUGGAAGCUGCAGUAUUGGGAUUUGGGCUUGAAUUCAGUGAGCUUCGUGAGUACACACAUGGAUUCUUUAGCAAUGUUGCUGAAAUCAUGGACGAUGGUUUUGCACAGUACCUUCCCCACGUCGUUCCUUUGGCAUUCUCGUCAUGUAAUCUAGAUGACGGCUCUGCAGUGGAUAUUGAUGAAUCUGAUGAUGAAAAUAUCAAUGGAUUUGGUGGGGUUUCAUCUGAUGAUGAAGCACAUGAUGAACCCAGGGUUCGAAAUAUUAGUAUAAGAACCGGAGUGCUGGAUGAAAAGGCAGCUGCAACUCAAGCACUUGGCUUGUUUGCUCUUCAUACAAAGAAUUCAUUUGCACCAUACUUAGAGGAGUCGGUAAAGAUUUUAGUGAAACAUUCAGAGUACUUUCAUGAGGAUGUGCGGCUUCAGGCAGUGAUAUCCUUAAAACACAUCUUGACAGCAGCACAUACGAUCUUCUAUAAUAGUAAUGAUGGGCAAGCAAAGGCAGUAGAGAUACUGGAUAGAGUAAUGAAUAUUUAUAUCAAGACUAUGACUGAAGAUGACGAUAAAGAAGUUGUGGCGCAAGCUUGCAUGAGUGUAGCGGACAUCAUUAAAGACUAUGGCUACAUGGCUGUUGAACCUUACAUGCAGCGGCUUGUUGAUGGAACUCUGACGUUACUUAGAGAGGAGGCUGCUUGUCAGCAGCCAGAAAAUGAUAGUGACAUCGAUGAUGAUGGUGACACUGCACAUGAUGAAGUCCUUAUGGAUGCUGUUUCAGAUCUUCUUCCAGCAUUUGCAAAGGCCAUGGGUCCUCAUUUUGCUCCUAUUUUUGCAAAGCUCUUUGAACCUUUAAUGAAAUUUGCGAAAAGCUCACGUCCUCCACAAGACCGUACUAUGGUGGUUGCAUCCCUUGCUGAAGUUGCACAAAACAUGGGUGCACCUAUAGGAGGCUAUGUCGAUAGGUUGAUGCAUUUAGUGCUAAAAGAAUUAGCUUCAUCAGAUGCAACAAACAGGAGGAAUGCUGCAUUUUGUGUUGGUGAGUUAUGCAAAAAUGGAGGAGAAUUAUCUGUCAAGUACUACGGUGAUGUAUUGCGUGGACUGUAUCCAUUAUUUGGGGAUUCAGAACCUGAUAAUGCAGUCAGGGAUAAUGCAGCUGGUGCAGUAGCAAGAAUGAUAAUGACCUAUCCCCAGUCUAUCCCAUUGAAUCAGGUUCUUCCUGUUUUACUGAAAGCUCUUCCAUUAAAAGAAGACCACGAAGAAUCCAUGGCUGUCUACAGUUGUAUAUCAACUCUUCUUUUUUCAUCCAAUCCACAGAUCCUUGCAGUGGUGCCGGACUUGGUUAAUGUUUUCGCACAAGUUGUGGUGUCCCCAGUGGAAAGUCCUGAAGUUAAAGCUGAAAUCGGCAGAGCGUUCUCACACCUAGUUUCUCAAUACGGCCAGCAAAUGCAACCACUAUUGAGCAACCUAUCACCUGCACAUGCUAAUGCUUUAGCUGCAUUUGCCCCUAGAAGCUGAUCCGUUAAAGGUGGGCCAGAUUGGCGUAAAUUCUUUCUCCUUUGCUGCACCUCCAGUUAAUGCAGUUUGCACAUGGCACUUGGCUUGCUGCAUCCAUGGCAGUGGGAAACCUGCUUUUUUACAAGGCCUAGUCUCUGCUAGUUCUUCAGUUUUCAUAUUUGUUCAUCAACUUUGCUCUUCAUGGCAUUCAAUUUAUCACAUCUUUGUGAUUCGCCGGUUUUUGUUUCGUGUUGUUGCUUUCCCGUGCAAUUCUUUUCUGGGUCAGUUUAUAGCGUCAUCCAUACAGCUGGUGUUCAAUGGAUUUGGUAUUUCGGUUGAGGGGUUUCUGAGAUGUUGAGCGUUGGGCAGGGAUGAAAUGGGAGAAAAGGUGUUGAGCCUCUGUACACACACAUACACACUCUGCUCUAUUGUUUUCAUAUAGUUGGAAUAUGCAUGAUCCUUUUUUGAGAUUGAUAACGUUGAAGAAGUUGAAGUUCAUAUAAUCCUUUUCUAUGUUUACUACACAGUAACCCCUGUGAAGAACAGCUUGAUGUAAUCUUCUGGACCUUUAGAAUUCAAUCAGGCUACUCUGACUGUAAGGACUGUUUAGCGGAAUUGCUUAGAAUUUUUUAAUUUUGCACGUUGCCAUUAUGCCCAUUAUUUGAGACGGCGUUUCCCAAAUUUUACUUAAAGCACCCCAACUUAAUACAUAAGAUUGUCUCUG